UUUUAAUUCCUUCUAAUCCUUUUCAUCAAAUGAAUAUUAGGUGCACAGUAAUAAUAAAGAGAGAUCUCGGUAGACAUGUUAUUGUUCCACGUAAUAUCCAGAAUCAUUCACUGAGAUCGAGGAUCAUCCGUUCUUGGAUCACCCGAUGACCUUUAAACGAUUUGCUAUGAUCGAUAAAUGAAGGAGGAGGAAUUAUGCUAAUUGAUCAUCUCUCAGAAUUAGCGGAUUAUCUUGCGUGAAGAUCGUGUAAUAAAUUCCAUUGCAAUACGAUUCAAAUUAAAGCUGGAGCUUCGAGAAAUACAUAUCCCGUCAGAAACAUACGACUAUUAUUUAUAACACAAAUUCAUCGUUAAUCACUAUUGUAAUCAGUCACUUUUUGUUGACGCGAAGAGAAACUCUUAUAUUUCGAGUUGCACUGAACGCAAUCAAUUUCAGAUGAUCGUAAAGGUACCUCAGGUCUUGAAGUCCCGGUCCUCGAGAACUAUUAUAUACGAAUUAAUGAAGUAUAGACGAACCUGAUUUAGAUAUUGAGAGUAGCUAUUUGUAAUUGAGCGGUCCUCCAUAACGGGAAGUGAUCAAAUGGCGCGCGCACCCGGAUGUUGCGCGCGCAAAGCGAAUGAGGUAACAAAGAGCACUUGACGAAAUUUCAUUUGAUCGUAUUACGAAUCGCAUAGUUUAUUUCGAAAAAAUUCCGUUCUAAAUUUGUUUUUCGUCGGAACAGGUUAAUUUGUCGGACGAUUACCGCGUAGAUUUUGAGGAAAAAAUGAUCGACUAAAUGAUGCACGAAACGCGUAAGUUCCUGCGGGGUGGGCGAGGGACGCCAUGACAGUCGUCGUAUUUUCUGUUAACCGCGAGCACGUAUGCUCUUGUCAGCGUUUUCGUGAAAUUCUUGCGGAGUUCGGCGCCGAUUUGGAUCAAAAUCGGCCGUCCCGUUUCCCAGAUUUGCCGAACUUUCCUUGGGAUAUAUUCUGGAGGUGGAGGGCGAGGGCGCGUGGCCAUUAUCAGGGAUUUGCUUGUGGGUACCCGUGGCGAGGUGAGACGUCGAGAGGCGGCGAAAGACGUCCCCCCCUGCGUCGGGACGCGCGUCUCCCCGUGUACGAGACGGCCUAGGGCCGACAAAGCGAGAUGCCAGAACCGCCGACGGCACCGUACACCACGAUGAAAAAUGAGAUAUAUCAAAAACAGUUAACUAGUAUCCUCCAGUGAAUAAAGAUGAACAGCGAGCAGCAUGCAUUGCCAGCGACUACGCAGGCACAACAAGAGGAUGUAAACGUGGGUCAAAGUGGUCGUCCUUCGUACCCAGGUGGUUUGGCUACAGCAACCAGUCUUGGCAAUGUAGGGAGUACCCCACAUUCGUCCGCGGACCUGCGUGUAGGUACAGCCGUAGCGUUAGCCUCCUCGGUAGCUAAAUAUUGGGUCCUCACGAAUCUGUUUCCUGGACCGCUACCUCAGGUUUCGGUCUAUCAUUCCCACCACAACUCCUCGCAUAGGAGUAGUGGCGGUGGAGAGGCAUCCUCCAAAGAACCAGCCUCUUCUUUGAACCAAGAAAUGGCAUUGACCUCCAGUUCACAUCAUCAAUCAACGCCUACACACCACCAUCACCAACCUUCAGUUAGCAGUAGCAGUCAUCAUAACUCUUUGCAACCGAAUCCACAGCAGAUACCAGUGUCUCUGCCAGGCCUUAAUCUAGACGGGGCGCACAUACCUACGAGCGUCAGUCACUUACAAGCAGCGCAUGCACAAAUGCAGCAACAAAUGCAGGCAGCACAACAACAACAGCUGCAUCAGCAGCAACAGCCCCAACAGCAGCAACAGCAGCAACAACAACAAUCCCAUCACCAAAUGCAAAAUCAUCAAAAUGCUCAGAACAGUGGACCAACUGCACACAAUCAAAACGCACAGAGAGAUGAUAACAAGGUGAAAGAUGAAGGCGGAAGCUGCACGACCGAACGUUGUAGCGAUAACCAAGUGCACUGUCAGGUUCAGUGUGACCUCCAGUUACAAACGUCUCAAGAGUUACAACAAAGUCUUAUUCAGCAGCAGCAGCAGCAACAACAACAGCAGCAACAGCAACAACAGAUCGGUGUGAAUAUAAGUGGAAAUUCUUCUUCCGACGGUGGAACUCAGAAUAAUGCAGAGAAACCGGAGAAGGAGAAAGAGCUGCGUCAACUGAACAUGACGCAAUUCCAAGUGCCAGACUUAAAACCAGGAGGUCACAUGAUGGACGUGAGAACGGCCGAUGGUUCGGUCGUGAAAAUCAGUGCAGGGAACGAGCAGGAUCUGGCGAAGACUCUCGGUGUUGAAAUGGUGCAAAAUAUGUACAAAGUGAAUGUUGAGGAUAUUAAUCAGCUAUUGGCGUAUCACGAAGUGUUUGGAAAAUUACAAAGUGAAAUCGCAGUUGGUACAACGUUAGUCGGAAGCACAGUUCCUACGCAAACAGUUACCACUAUACAAAAUGGAACGCCGAUCGUGCAACAGGUUCAGUUAAAUAAGUUCGAUAUUAAAUCAAGCGACGGUGAAGCUACACCAGGACCAAGCGCCUCGCCCGUCUCAGUUGGUAGUCACGCAUGUGAAAUAUGCGGGAAAAUAUUUCAGUUUCGCUAUCAGCUCAUCGUGCACCGUCGAUACCAUACGGAAAGAAAACCUUUUACCUGUCAGGUUUGUGGGAAGGCAUUUUUGAAUGCAAAUGAUUUGACCCGACACGGAAAAUGUCAUUUGGGUGGACCUAUGUUUACUUGUACAGUCUGCUUUCACGUAUUCGCGAAUGCACCAUCCCUGGAACGUCACAUGAAGCGACACGCCACCGAUAAACCGUACAAUUGUACCGUUUGUGGAAAAAGUUUCGCGAGGAAGGAGCACUUGGAUAAUCAUACUCGGUGUCAUACUGGAGAAACACCGUACAGGUGCCAGUAUUGUUCGAAAACGUUCACCAGGAAGGAGCAUAUGGUGAAUCAUGUUCGUAAACAUACGGGUGAAACGCCGCAUCGAUGUGAUAUUUGUAAAAAGAGUUUUACUCGGAAGGAACAUUUUAUGAAUCACGUUAUGUGGCAUACGGGUGAGACUCCUCAUCAUUGUCAAGCCUGUGGCAAGAAAUACACCCGUAAAGAACAUCUUGCGAACCAUAUGCGUUCACAUACCAAUGAUACACCGUUUCGCUGUGAAAUAUGCGGUAAGUCGUUUACGAGAAAGGAGCACUUCACGAACCACAUAAUGUGGCAUACGGGCGAGACGCCGCACCGAUGCGACUUCUGCUCGAAGACGUUUACGCGAAAGGAACAUCUGCUGAACCACGUACGCCAGCACACGGGUGAGUCUCCACACCGAUGCGGCUUCUGCUCCAAAUCGUUCACCAGAAAGGAACACCUUGUUAACCACAUCCGCCAACACACAGGAGAGACGCCCUUCCGCUGUCAAUACUGUCCGAAAGCAUUUACGCGUAAGGAUCAUCUGGUGAACCAUGUCAGGCAGCACACGGGUGAGUCACCGCACAAGUGCCAGUAUUGCACCAAAUCCUUCACGAGGAAGGAACAUUUGACAAAUCACGUGCGUCAACACACAGGCGAAUCGCCACACCGAUGCCACUUCUGCUCCAAGUCAUUUACUCGUAAGGAGCAUUUGACGAAUCACGUGCGAAUCCACACCGGCGAAUCACCGCACAGGUGUGAAUUCUGUCAGAGAACGUUCACCAGGAAAGAACAUCUAAAUAAUCAUCUCCGUCAACAUACCGGAGAUUCAUCGCACUGUUGCAACGUGUGCGCGAAACCGUUUACGAGAAAGGAGCAUCUCGUAAAUCAUAUGCGAUGUCAUACUGGUGAACGUCCGUUCGUGUGCACAGAAUGUGGCAAAAGUUUUCCGCUGAAAGGCAAUCUGCUUUUCCACAUGCGUUCGCAUAAUAAGGGCAGCAACGCCGAGAGGCCGUUCCGCUGCGACCUGUGUCCGAAAGACUUCAUGUGCAAGGGUCACCUAGUGUCCCACAGACGGUCGCACUCGGACGAACGACCGCACAGCUGCCCCGACUGCGGAAAGACGUUCGUCGAGAAAGGGAACAUGCUCAGACACCUGAGGAAGCACGCGACGGAGGGGCCACCGACGCAAGUCAGCACACCUUCGGCGAUCCCUCAGUCCGGCGUUCUACCGAUCCCGGCGGCGGCGGUUCUGGUCGGUCAUCCUUUGGCACCGCCUGCGCCGCCCGUGGUACCGCAACACACCGUCGUCGUGCCUACCCCUCCGGGUGUGUUGACCUCCUACUAAACCAAAUGAAGAGAGCAAACAAACAGGCAUACAUAUUACGUAAAGGAGAAACAAAGAAAACAUAGAAGAAAGCAUUUUUCAUAAGAAGAGAAAGUGAGUGUAUACAUGAUCAUUGAAUGUUUGUGUCCGUUGGUCAAUGAAAGUGCGCUGUUGUGUUGUCUUUUCCUUUUUUUCCCUCUUUUUCUCGUCUUGUUCGUCGUGCACAUUGUCUCGAAGAGAAAGGAGAAGAAGAAGACUGUCGAAGAAACGUCGUCGCUUCUCUGCGGGAAGUGUAUUCUCAUCGAUGAACGAUGAUAAGGGAUCGUUGCGAACCGUCGUGAAUUACAGCGUCAUAUUGUCCUGGUUUUAAACGUUCUUCUGAAGCUGUACAGAACAAAGGAAACGCUAUGCGCGAAGAGUGGACGUCAAGUUCGAACAGUUGAUCGUGCUGUUACGAUCCGUAGCAGCGUUUUAUCCAAAGUUUGAAUUUCUUUGUUUCUUUUUCCUCUUCUUCUUUGUACGAUAACUUUAGAUCGUAACGUAUAGCUCGUUUACAAAGAUGAAUAGAUUUAUGCGGUGUGCGUUACGUUCGGGGUGUGUGCGAAAUUCGAUACUCGGCAGUCUGCUGUUCGAUAAUGGGACACGCGUAAUUUCGCUUUCGUUGAUACGAUCACGGUCAGGCACUAAUUAUCUAACAAUACGACGCUGUAUAUUAGUUAUAUAGAAUGUAAUUUCAUAAAAAUGGAAGAGAAGAGAAAAUUGAAAGAGUUAUUAAUAUGAAACUGGUCUACUGACCGAGGGACCGUAGAAUCCGGCGUAAUCGAACGUUACGCCGGAUACUAUCCCCAGGACAAAGACAAGACUUGUCGAGCAGUUCGCUCGAAGUACAAAACAUAUUUUCGAUUCGAGUUCCCUGCGAUUGUCUAAGUCUUUCUUUCGAUCAAAUACCUCAUACAUAUUUCACGAAAUCGUUGAUUUUAAAUCAGCCGUUUUGAAAAUUGUUUUCUAUUUAAAGUGACCGAUAGAAGAAAAGUGAUUGUUUUUAUUAUACGUUUUUCUUGCACGUACGUUACGUGUACAUGAAGCAAAAUUAGACAAUCUCGUUCUAUUUGAAAUGGGUGUCUCCAAUUUCGUAACGAAAGGUGGUCGAUCAAGGUACCGCGAGACGUAUCGUAAAUUUGCUUUUUUUUCUCUACAUAUUUGACUUCAAGAACGAAGAAAGAAAUUCGAUAUAUAAAUUUAAGUAUUAUCAUCAUUUUCUUGUGACUAGCGAGAUUUUGUUCAUACAUUAAAUAAAAAUUAUAAUGUUCAAUUAUCGCUUUAAGUAUUUACGUUUAGUUUUAUAAUUGGCGUGUAGUUUAUUUUUAAUGCGAGAGAAAUUAUAUGUAAACGGGGGCAUGUUUAAAGGCAUAAAGUUAUCAAUAUUUUAUCGACACGGAUUCUAAUGCCAAGUGCAAAGUCGCGUUCAAUCGUCUAUUUUAGUUUAGUGAUCAUUGUUUUUUUUUUCUUUUUGUUUAAUCAUCGUAGUCGAGAGUGCAAUAUAACUUCGCCAGUUUCAUUUUAGUGAGGUAGCGGAUACCAUUUCGUCAAUCAAAGUAAAUCGAAUGUUUAAUUAAUUUUGAGAACGAUACAAUGUCGUUCCGAUGGUAUUGGGGACAACGUUUCUUCUAAAGUAUGUUCAAUUCUUAAUAAUUAUAUUUUCAUCAAUUAAUGAUAUUUGACGAUCGUCUAGUUUCGAACAAAAAGAAAUAUUAUUGUCUUUAGCGAUCUUGUAAGGCCAUGUAUUUCGUAUUUACGAUUAAGAACAAAAGUUAAAAACAGAAAAAAAAGGUAGCGUAAGCUUGAUAUCGCGACAGCGUCACUCCGUGACAAAGUCAUAUACAUAUGCACACGUAGAAGAGAAGAGGUGCGUUAUAAAUCUGGAAAGUAAGAAGAGAGAUAGAACGACGCUGCCGCGUUACCAGUCUUACUUUAAUUAUGUAUUAUAUAAUAACAAUUAUUGAAUAUAGACACAAGGAAAGAUGAUGAAUUUAUUAACGCGCAUACAUGCGUCACCAUGGAGUUUCGUGUACGAUAAUGUUUGUCACUCCGUAGAAGUUUAGAAUUAAUAUAUUAUAAAGUAAAUAUAUAAGUAUAAUCCAAACAGUUAGAUAUAUCACGUAUUAUUUAAAAAAAAAGUAAACGAGGAAAGAUAUAAUUAAUACCGCAGAGUCGCUUCAUGGGCGACGUAAAAACAAUAACGUACGUCGCAUACGGAGCGCAAACAGUUUUCACAUUAUAUAUUAGUAAAAGAGAGAGAGUGCGAGUGAGAGAUGGAUGUAUGUAUAGAGGAUGCGAGAGAAACUAUGUACGAAAAAGGAAGCACGUAUAUACAUAUACAAAAAAACUGCAAAGAUUACAUCUCUAGUGGGGGAAGAGAAGAACAAAAUAUAUGUGUGUAUAAUAUAUAUAGCUGACGCGUAUAUACAUUAUACAUUAUGUAUAUAUAUGUUGUACACGACGAAGGAAGAUUACUAUGAUGCCGUACCGGAGAAUGCAAUUUGAUGCAAGUAAAAUAUUUCCGAACGAUGCUGCUGUAUGUGUAAAGAAUUCCGUUGCAAUUUAUUCGUGGCAUCGCUCCUUGUAAUUUGCUAAAAAUUCUAACAAGGAAUAAACAGAGAUAAUGUUUAUAUGAAUUAUUAUUAUUAUUAUCUUAUUAUUGGUAAUAUUAUUAAUAAUAUUAUACGUUGCGAGAAUAAAAUUAAGAGUUGGUUCACGCUUUUAAGAGAUUUAGUUUCGUGCUUUGUUUUCUUUUUUAAAACGUCAAGUAAAAUAUCGCUAAUUUUCUUUGGAUCGAAGCGCGGGGACGAGAACGAAUUGUGGAAGACAGAGUACGGGGACCCUGUUUUAGUUUUCGCUGAUAAUCAAAUUUCACCGACCUCACGUGUAGCUUCUAAUGAAAAUGACAUCGUCUCGUUUUUCGUUUUUCGGGCAUUACUAAUUGUAAGAGUCAGUCGAACGCGACACGCUUCGGUUCAAAGCAAAGUACGAUGGUGAAGGAAAAGAUUCAAAAUAUAUGAUUUACUUUAGAUAGAUCGAGAAAUAUGUAUAGAAUUUUAUUAUGCACCAUUGUAAUAUUAUGUAUCCCAGUUGUGACACAAUAUACACUGGUGUUAUGUUAAAUGUGAAAA